UUUUUGCAGUGUCUCUAGUAGACUUGUUUAGUCUUUUUUCUAGAUUCUUGAAUAUAUGGAAUAUAGUUAUAACUUUUACUUUUCUUAUUUACCAAUUCUUUCAUCUGUGUUAUUCUGGGUUGGGCUUGAUUGAUUGAUUUUUCUCCUCAUUGUGGAUCAUAUUUUCCUUUUCUUUGCAUGCCUGGUUAUUUUGGGUGUGUGCCAGACAUUGUGAAUUUAACCUUGUUGGGUGCUGGGUUUUUUUUUUUAUACUUCUAUAAAUAUUCUUGAGCAUUAUUCUGGGAUGUGGUUAGCUUGAUUUUUUUUUUCUUUUGUUUUUAAACUUUGUUGAAUGGGACCAGAGCAGUGUUUAGUCUAGGGCUGGUUUUGCCCCAUUGCUGAGGCAAACCCCUCUGAGUACUACACCUAAUCUCCUGUGAAUUACUAAGUUUGACAAUAUGGCCAGUGAGACUAGGCCAGCCCUGUGCGAUACUGGGAAUUGUUCCUUCUAAUCUUUUCAGGUGGUUCUUUCCCUGGUUUCAGGUAGUUUACUCACAUUGAUGCACUCAUUAGUACUCAGCUCAAGACUUGUGGGGGACCUGGUAAAGAUCUCUGGAAUUCUCUCUCUGUACACUUCUCUCCGGUACUCACAGUGCCCUGUGAACUCUAGCCACCUUGGCCCUCAGACUCUUAGCUCUGUUUCCCUAACUUGAGUCUUCUGGGUUAUACCUGGGUUUCCCCACCCUGAGAUGUCCUGGAAACUCUUCCAUGCAGUAAUCUGCGGUAAGGUAAACAAGCUCACCUUGUUUAUUCCCCAUCUCUCAGGCAUCAUUGUCCUUCAUUUCCUGAUGUCCAGUAUCUUGAAAAGUGUUGCUUUGUGUGUUUUUUCUAGUUUCUUAGCUGUUCCAGACAUUAUGCUAAAUUCAUGACCUGUUAAGCCAUGUUGGCCAAAAGUAUGUGUCUCUGCUAUUAUUUUAAAACUAUUUUCCCUUUGAUUUUAGCCUAGACUGGGUAAUAUUUUACUGUAUGUUAACUAUAGAAUUUAAAUAAAAUUUUGAAAAGAAGGAAAGUAAAAAGAUUGGAUAACUUAGCUAAGAGCAGACUUAACUUGGAUAUAGUCCUUUUUUUCCCCUGGCAAGCAAACCAGUUUUUCAGCUAUAUUAGCAGUAAGAAAUGCCUUAGGGUAAGAAAAACAGAAGGUAGAAUAAAAGUGUAUGGCAAAGCCCAAGUCUGGUAAAAUACUGAUUGUCUUCUCACUUAGUCCUGAUUACACAUUGAGGAGGGAUGGUAUGGUCACCAUGGCAGCAGUUUCUGAGCAUAACCAUAUGGUCUCUGCCAUCAGGACCUAACUGAUUAUUACAAAAGCAAUUUAAAGAGAAGACUCUUAGAGACCUAGGAUCUCUUGCUUCUUCCCCCAUCCAACCCAGGCUUGUUUGAAUAUCUCUAGGUGUGCUUAAGACAGAAGGAAAUCUGGGGCAAGGUAAUAUUUUUGAAGGUAAGCUCACCCAAUAUUUCUACAAUAACAAGAUUGGCUUGAUGCAUAGAGCAAUGUGAGGAUUCCAGACCCAUCUUUUUCAUGGUUUUCCAAUUAAGUUUGGCUGUUCACCACUUGUCUGUUUUUUUCUGGAUAGGUCUGUCUGCAGGUCAGAUCUCCCAGGUUAUUGUUGGAGAUGAGCAACGACAGUACCUCUUGGUGGUUGGGCAGGAUGUAGAUGAUGUCCAGUUAGCUCAGCGUUUGGCUCAGGCAAAUGAGAUUGUCUUGUCCUGGAACUGCUGGAAGCUCUGUGAGCAGUACAUGUUUGAAGUGGAAAUCAUGAGGGAAGAUGAAGCUGUGAAGGUACUUUAAGGACUGCCCUGGAUUUGGAUCCAGACUCUGCACUUGAACAAACCCUGCGGAAGCACAUAAUGAAAAACCUUUUGAAAAAGAUUGAUGAAGGGCAGCCUACGGAGUAUGUAUCCGAAUUCCGUACCGUGACUAUGGUUUUGGUCAGCCUAGAGUUCCACAAGUCAGCAUGGGUGUUGCAUUUGUGUCAUCUUAUCCAGGAGGCUGCCCUGUACAUCUCCACAGUCAUAGAGAAAGGGGGUGGCCAGCUGAGCCGGAUCUUUAUGUUUGAGAAAGGCUGUAUGUUCCUCUGUGUUUUUGGCCUUCCUGGGGAUAAGAAGCCAGAUGAGUGCGCACAUGCCCUGGAGAGCUCCUUCAGCAUCUUCAGCUUCUGCUGGGAGAAGCUUGCUGAGACCAAGCUUGUUUCCAUCAGUAUCACCAAUGGACCAGUAUUCUGCGGUGUGAUUGGGGCAGUAGCAAGACACGAAUAUACAGUUAUUGGCCCAAAGGUGAGCCUUGUGGCCAGAAUGAUAACUGCUUAUCCAGGUUUGGUGUCCUGUGAUGAGGUAACAUAUCUAAGAUCCAUGCUACCUGCUUACAACUUCAAGAAGCUCCCAGAGAAAAUGAUGAAAAACAUCUCCAACCCAGGGAAGAUGUAUGAAUACCUUGGCCAUAGAAGAUGUAUAAUGUUUGGGAAGAGACAUUUGGCCAGAGAGAGAAAUAAAAAUCACCCUUUGUUAGAUCGGGAAAAAGAACUGGAAGCCUUUCGAAUGGCACAGCAGGGGUGUUUGCACCAGAAGAAGGGGCACGCAGUUUUGUAUGAAGGUGGAAAAGGCUAUGGCAAAAGUCAGCUGUUGGCUGAAAUAAACUUCCUGGCCCAGAAAGAAGGACACAGGGUGUUGCCAUUGAAGCUGAAGGAAACAGAUUUCAAGCAGUGCUUCUAUGCCAUCCAGACCCUCAUGGCCAUCUUCUUUGAGAUUGACACAUGUCCAGCCUAUUACCGCCAGGAGUGCCUACACAAACAGCUCUGUGGGAUGGUGGAGGAACCUCUUCACUGUCUUUUUAAUGACCUCUUCUUUGUGAAGUUUCCCUUAUCCUUCAAAGUUUCGCACAUGGAUGACCUGACCAGACAAAAGAAGGUUAAGGCAUGUUUUUGUCAAGUGCUCCAGGAGGCAGUGAGGGAAACACCGCUGGUUUUCCUCAUUGACGAAGCCCAAUAUAUGGAUGCAGCUUCCUGGGAGUUUUUGGAAACAUUGCUCUCCUCUGUCCCCAUCAUCAUGGUGAUGACAUUGACCCCUACCAUCACCCUGUGUGACUGUGCCCAGCACUUCCUGCAGAGCUCUCAAGCUGUCCUUGUGCCCAUUUUGAAGUUGGCAGCGACCUCACUGUUGAGAAUGGCAUGUUGGGAACUGGGGGUGGUGAGCAUCCCCCAAGAGCUGCAGAUCUACCUUCUUCACAGGUGCUUUGGAAACCCCCUCUACUGUGAGGUCUUAUGCCAGGACCUUCUCUCUAAAGACAUAUUGGUCUUUCAUGAUCUCCAAAAGGAGGAGGAGAACAGCAAGUGGGAGACCCUCUCAGCCAAUGCCAUGAAAUCCACAAUGUACAGCAUUCCUCCUGCUGGCUCUGAAGACCAGGAACUUUAUAUCUGCACAGUCAAGGAUGAUGUGAACUUGGAUACCGUGCUUCUCCCACCAUUAUUAAAAGAAAUAGCAGUAAACCAGCUGGAUCAAUUAAGCCCAGAGGAGCAGUUGCUGGUUAAGUGUGCUGCAGUCAUUGGUCACUCCUUUCAAAUAGAUCUAUUGCAGCACCUCCUGCCUGGCUGGGAUAAAAAUAAGCUGCUUCAGGUGCUGAAGGUUCUUGUGGAUAUUCAUGUGUUCCUCUGGUUCAACAAGAGUCAAGAGCUUCCUGCCGAGUCAAUAUUAGUGCCUUCCUCUAUCAAGAUUAUUGAACAAACCAAAGAGGAGAAGAAGAAAAAGUCCGAUGCUGACUCUCCUCUCAGUCCACAAGAGGAACUAUCCCUACCUCAGACAGAGGUGCUAGAAUUUGGAGUGCCGCUCUUACGGGAAGCCGCGUGGGAGCUGUGGCCCCGGGCACAGCAGAUAGCCCUGCACCUCGAAUGUGCCUGCUUUCUCCGAGACUUGGCCUGCCGCUGCGGGAACUGUCAUGGCGGGGACUUUGUCCCCUUCCACCGUUUCGCCAUCUGUUCUACUAAGAGCUGCAGUGGGACCUCCCGGUUCUGUAGUUACAAAGAUACUGGCUCAGUACUAACACAGGUGAUCACAGACAGACUGCAGCUGCCUUCUCCCCAAGAUAGUUUUCAGUUCCAGACAAAAGAAUGCAGAAGUCAGGAGGCCUUCACACGUGAACACUGCAGAACAGAGGAAGAGUUCCUGGAUCAGGUGAACAGGAAGCUGGCUCAGACCAGCCCCGAGAAAGACAUGUUGACCACAAAGCCCUGUCACUGUGAGGAAAUCCUGAAGUUAGUGCUCUCACCCCUCACCCGGCAUUGCCUGGUCAUCGGAGAAGCCACAUGUGCAUUUUAUUACCUGCUGGAGGCCGCCGCUGCCUCCUUGGACCUGUCGGAUAAUUACAUGGCCUUCUUUUAUUUGAGGAAGGCAAGCAGUCUUCUGGGCCAGCCUUCAGCCUUCUCGUUUUUGAAAAAGCACAAGGUGAAGAUCUGUCAGUUUGAGGAGGCCACUUUCUGCUGUCUUCGGUCAGAGGUAUGUUUCAACAUGGGACAGAUCACCCUAGCCAAAAAAUUGGCCAGGCAAGGCCUUCAACUGCUGAAAAGGAGUUUCCCUUGGACCUGGUUUGGUGUUCUUUUACAAACAUUCCUGGAAAAAUACUGGCGUUCCUGUUCACUCAGCCGAUCUCCAGGCAACCCUAGUGAGAAUAAGAAGAAGCUGGCAGUCCUGCAGCAGCGGAUGCGCUGUCUCUCCCUGCUCUGGCAGCUCUACAACCUGGAGACCACGACCAGCAGCCGCAGGUUCGCCGGCCUUGCCACUCUUAUGCAGAAGAACUCUGCUGAGGAGUUGGCAAGCGGAGCCCCGGUUGUCUCCACCUAUGUGGCCCUGUCCCAAUUCUCCCAGAAUAUGGGUGACAGGGACAGGUGGCUGCACUGUGAGCAGGUGGCUAUUCAGAAGAGCAGCCUAUGUUGGUUCUCCAGGGAGGGACUGUUGGCCACGGCCCAGCUCAUGCAGGCCUUGGCCUAUACCAAGCUCUGCCUCGGCCGUCUCGACUUCUCCAUCAAGCUGGGUUUUCAAGCUCGUGAGAUAUGCAGACACCUCAAGAAACCAGCUCUGGAGACUCUGGUUCUGUCAGUUCUCUUCAGAUCUGCAUUUCUGAAGAAAAAAUUUGACCUGUGUGUCCAUGUGCUGGAGAGCCAGUGGGUGCUCAUUUCCCAGGGUCAUGAUGUCCUUGGCCUGGCCUGCUUCUAUUCUGCUUGCUUAGAUCUGCUGCUCUAUGGAAAAGGAUUGCUAUGUCGGCCCUUCAGCGAGUGUCUGCAUUUCAUUCAACGCUAUGAGCACAGCUGCAUUCUGAACUCUCAGAGUAAUGUCAUGCUGGGGGUCCACUCGUCUCUGGCCAUGUGGUUUGCCCAAGACUCUCAGUGGGAUCUGUUUGAGCAGCACUUCUCCAAAGCUCACCAGUUGGUGAAAAGAACCAAUGCCUCACUGUUUGGUUCGCAUGGCUUUGUCCGAUUCCUAGAGUGCCAUGUGCUGAUGUUACAAAAAAUGCCAGAAGAUGUCUUCAUGCAUACUCUCCCAGAGACUCGCAGCCAGGCCCUCAAGUACUUCAAGGAGUUCUUCUCUAGAUGUGUGACCUGCCCCGUCUAUCACCAGUGGGUCUCUGAGCUUAAAGCCUCUGUAAUGAGAUCUGGAAAAGGAGAAUGCAUGUCCUUGACUGACAUCAUCAGACCUUUUGACACCUGCUUGACCAGGAUUUGGAUAGAGGGAGAAUUCCUGGAGGAAAACAACUCCUUUGGGGGAAAUUUAGGAAUACAGAGAUUUGACAGAGUGGCUGAUGUCAAGGAGAAUAAAGAUGAAGAAGAAAUUCAAGAAUGUAUAUGUUAAAAAAAAAUCAUUUGAAGGGACCAUUGUUCUCUUGUAUAUAACACAAAGAAAUGAUCCAAGUUCUCCUUUUUAAGAUACUGGACAGUAUAUGUAUUAAAUACACUAGCCAUUUACACUCACCACUGUCUAUAUCUUUGUCAAAAUAAAAGCCUAUGUUUCUGAA